AUGGCCCCAUGGCAGACGGCCACAGGCUCGGUCGCAGAGCCAUCUGCCCUCCGAGUCAAGGCAGCUGAUGCGGGCAGUGUAGCCGUCGGCGACUUCUCCCAGGCAGGAAGCCGUCAGGAUCAAGGCGAGUUGCAGCAAUACGAUUAUGAUGUUGAGACGGUGGAGCGAGUGUACAGGAAACUCGACUGGAGGAUUAUUCCACCAUUCUGGUGUCUCUACUUUUUGUGCUCGGCGAUCCGUUCUAACAUUGGCAUCGCGCAGACCAUGAACGUCAGUAACAACCACGACCUCAUGUCAGUCUUGCACAUGACACCCAAAGACACGUCAACCGCCCUGGCUCUGUUCUAUGUCUCCUAUGUCAUCUUCGACCUCCCGUCCAAUCUCGUCAUGAGCAGACUCAAUCCACGCGUGUGGAUGGCCCGAAUCGUCUUUGCCACUAGUCUUGUUGGGACCUGCUUCGCGGCAGUUCAAAGUGUAUGGAGCUUGAAGCUCCUGCGUUUCUUGCUCGGCAUGGUCAUUGCCGGUAUGUGGCCCGGCAUGGCCUAUUACCUGACCCUAUUCUAUCCUCCCUCUAGGACAGGCAAGAGAAUUGGCAUGUACUUUACUGCCUCACAGGUAUCUGCCGCCGUUGUUGGUCUUGUAUCGGCAGGUUUUCAGCUUAUGGAUGGUCUUGGCGGGCUGGCUGGCUUUCGCUGGAUGUUCCUAGUUUACGGACUGGUUGGUAUUGUCUUGAGCUUCGCGCUGCUCUGGUGGCUGCCCGAUCGUCCCUUGGCUCCCGGACAGGUGCGACACCGGUCAAAAUGGCUUAGCUGGUUGCCACAUUCGCCCGAGGCUCUCACCGGAGAUGAUGCAAUUGUUCAUUAUCAAGAUUUGCGUCGAGUCUAUCACCCCAGGCCGUGGACAAUCAGGGAUCUUGUCGAGGUACUCCUCGACUGGCGACUGUGGCCUCUGACGCUAAUGUACUUUGGAGUCGUCGGUGUCGGUAUUGGAACCCAAUUAUACGGCUCCGUCAUUAUCGCGGCAAUUCAGCCCACGGCAAGUGCAAUUACAGUAAGCUUACUGUUUGCACCCAUUUGGAUCAUUGAUCUCAUUGCAAUCAUCAUCGUCACGCCCCUCUCAGACCGCUUCCACCGCCUCCGAGCCUUCUUCUUCUCCGCCGCAGCCUGCAUCCAAAUUGCCGGGCUCCUCGUCACCACAUUCGCCAUUGACGGAUGGGCCCGAUACAGCGGUCUGCUCAUGGUCGGCUUCGGCCUUGGCCCUACGGUGCCGAUUUGCAUGGCAUGGACCUCCGAAACCUUCCAGCGUCGACACGGCGAGGUCGGAGUAGCCGCAGCCACGGCCCUUGUUUCGGGCUUGGGAAACUUGGGUAGCAUAACAACAACCUAUGCCCUCUACGCGGGUUGGCCUAAAGAUGCGAUGAAAGGCCCGCACCAGUUCCGCAAGAGCAACCUUGUCAUGGUUGGCAUUCUGGGUCUCAGCAUCGCCAGCGCGUUAGUCAUGGCGGUGCUGCUGCGAAUGUUUGGUAACCCGCCUAGCACAAAGCUUGACAACGACGUAUUGAACGAGCCUGAGGACGGAGCUGCCAGACGAGAAGCGCAUCAACCAUCGAACUUGACACUUCGGGGGAUAAUGUCCGACCUCUUCACAGUCUCGCUCAUCAGCAAGAGGGCCACCCAUCCUUCGCCAUAG